CUCCCCUCGAGCUGUCUGCUAUUGCGGUUCACAUUCAUAUUCGUGUUGCAAAGCCGAUCUGAGAAAACAUUAGAGCAGCGUUAUUGGUAUUUUCGGCGCCGGCGGGCAUGGCAAGUGAAAGAUAGGCGUAGACGAAGAAAACGAGGGAGUCAUUGCGACAUUGGCAGGCAGUAAGCAGCUCAUCCGAAAUUAUCCUAAAAAACUACUGAACAAAUAUGUUCAAAACAGGCCGCUUAAAACGGAAAAGUGGGGAGGUGUAUAAAGUGCGAGCAAGCAACACUGCAGCAGAACUUUUGAAAGCAAGUAAGUGUAGGCUAUUAUUAAUUGACAAUAAUUCAUAAUUCAUCCUUUUUACACUUUCCUAGUAUUUUUUUGUGACUUGCGAUAUCUAUUUAAUUUUUUCUUUUCCCAGGCUACAGUAAUGUUUUGAGUGUGACGGAAGCCAUAGCAGGGAUUCUGUCAGCAAACUGUGUGCCAUUGGAGAAGCAGUCAACAUUAACAUUCACUGUAGAGACAAACAGUGAUGGCAAUUUUGAACUGUCCGUCCCAGAGUUGCCAGCGGUACCAGAGAGUCCUUGCUCACCUGCAGCAAAGAAAAUUAUGUUGUCGCCAUCUGCUGGUCAAGCCGCUUCAUCAGACAUAUCGUCCAGCACGUCAUCAGUGAGGAAGGCCCUGGACAUGGGCGAAACUUCAACACCAGGACUGUCAUUAUUUGCCGAAUUAACAGAGCAAGUGCACGAAUCGGUAACUAAUGAUGAAGUGUUAGAAGAGAUUGAGAACAAUGAACCUCUUGUAUUAGAAGAGAUUAAUAACAAUGAACCUCCUGUAUUAGAAGAGAUUAGCAACAAUGAACCUCUUGUAAAAGAAAGGCUGAAAACAGUUGUCAUCACUGACAUCUCAUUUGAUGUCAAGCCUGAUAAACUUUCAGAUUUUCUGAGCCAGGCAGCAUGGGAUUUUGAUAUUUUGCUUAAGCCUGAAAAGGCUGUCAUAGAUUUAUUUUGGAUAGAUGAUAAUGAAAUGAUGCAAGGAUUCAAAGUAGAGUUUCUGAGUACAUUUGUGGCUACAAGAAUGAGUGAUCUAAAAGAAUUGCUCUUUGAAGAUAAUUAUUUGCCUUUCUUACAAGAGCAGACUGUGUUCAGAAAACCAGUUGUUUAUCUAGUUCCAAGCUCAUUUGAAAUUGUUAAAAACUUACCUACCAAAUUCUUUUUGCCGGCACACUUCAUUGAUCAUUUAAACACAACAGCUUGGCUUCAAGACUUAGGCCCAGCAGAGGACGAAAGUGUUGUGACUCAGCUAAUAAAGGAAGAUAACAGUUCCAGUGGCAGAAUUCAGUUCAUUGAUGCAGAAGUUGCGAAAAAGAUGUGUGCACAGACCAUCACUUAUGACCACCACAAAAUUGAAAUGGUUCAAGAAAUGGAGCAGGCAUCAUCUCUGUCACCAAUGGUGACAAUUUCUAACUUGCCCCAAAAUUUUUAUGAGGCACACUUCUGUAAUUUUAUGAAAGAUUUGGGAGAACUUGGUUUAAAAGAUCCUGUAAAUAGUUUACUUUCUGUAACAAAGUACAGUGAAAGUGAGAGGUCUUGCGUUGCAAAGUUUACCACUCCUGAAAUAGCAGCUAAAGUUUGUGAGAUGCCCGAAAAGUAUGAUCGCUGCGAGCUGAAAAUGGUGCAGCAUGUAGUGCCAUCCGAUGCACCAGCCGUAACAGAAUCAGUUAGAGUGUCAAACUUGCCCAAGUCUUUCUAUCAGGCCCAUUUUGAAAACUUUUAAAAGGAUAUGGGAGACUUGUACAAUAUUUGUGCGGACAAGGUUGUGCAGGACAUAAAGAGCUACAAACCAGCUGAAAGGUCUUGCAUUGUUGAGUUCUCUUCUCCUCAUGUGGCCAUGAAGUACAUAGGCAUGACACCAUUUGUCUAUGGAAAGUGUAAGUUACUACUGGAAAUGGUACCUCAUGAUGAUGGAACAUCAUGAGUGGAAAU